AUGCUGAUUGAACUCUUGCCAUCGUCGGCGCAGCGAACGCUUUGUCCCGCCGGCAGUGGUUGCGGCGACGGCGAGUGCGAGCUGCUCCACGUGGACCCGACGUGGCGAGAUGUGCUGGCGAGCCGACACGUGGCGCACGGAGACGGCAGCAGUAACGGCAGGGCGUGGGGAAGACCUAGACUCAUCGUGUGCGCGGGACCAGAGAGGUCGGGCUCCACGUGUCCCUUCAACCCCUCCUCCCAUUUCCCCUCCUCCACCCAAUCCCUUGUACUCCCAUCGCCUCCCUGCCCGACCGCAGGCUCCACGUGGCUCUUCAACGCCGUGCGCCUGCUGCUCGCCCACUCGGGCCAGCUGGCGCUCUCCUAUUGGCUGCACUCCAUCUCCGCCAGCAAGCUGCGCGCCAGGGGGCUCUCGCCGCUCUGCACCCGCGGACCUGGGGGGGCGGGGGGAGGGGAAGGGGGGCCCACGGAGGGAGCAGCGAGUUCCGCGGAGGAAACAGGAGAAAGGGGAAAUGGGGAGGGUAUGGGGAUGGAUGGAGGGGAGUGGGGAGGAGUGAGCGUGGUGGUGAAGACACACGAGUGGGCGGAGGGGUGGGAGGUGGGCGAGUGGAGUGGGGUGGUGCUGCUGACUGAGAGGGACGUGUGUGGCGUCGCUGACUCCUACCUCCGCGUCGGCUGGUUACCACACAGCAUGCCGCGAAUCAAGGCCCACAUGCAGGCCUACUUGCGCGACCACCAGCGUUGGAAGCAGCACGCUGCGGCCGUCAUCCCCUUGGCCUCCAUCGUGCCACCCGGCAGCCCCUCGGAGCUGCUCUGCCUCUCCCGCCUCGCUGCACUCCUGGGGCUCAUCACCAUGGAGGGGAAGGCGGAAGGGACUGCUGAAGGGGCGGCGGACGGGAAGGGGGAAGGGUCUGGGCUUGAGGCGAGUCUGGGCAGUGUGGGGGGAGGGAGGGCUGGUGGGAGGGCAGUGGACGUGCGUGGCGUGUCAAGAGCCCUUGCUCAGCUGCCAGUUCCCACAGGCUGGGCGCCUGACCCGGUGACCAAGCUGUGGCCGCGCCACAAAGGGGCAGCCCAUGCAAGCAAGGGGGGAGCAGCAAGGGGCCUGACAGGGGAGGAGCGGGCGGAGCUGCAGCAGUUUGAGGAGUCCCUGGCGCCAGCCGCCAGUGAAUCCACUGAACAGUGCGCCUAA